AUGACCUCGGAACGGAAGCAACGUCUCCUGGCCCCUGCAGCCUCCAAGGACCCUGUGCCGCCACCUUUGUCCUCCCUUCCCCCGCAGAGGAAGGUUUCCACUGCAUGUUCAAAUUGCCGAGCCCGAAAGGCAAGGUGCAGCGGAACCGCACCAUGCGAUUGGUGUGCCAGUCGCGAUCUUCCCUGUAGCAUCGACGAAGCCACGGACUCUCGCCGAAAGAUUAACAUCAAGCGAAAGAUCGACAGUUUGGAGGGAGACCGCGAUGUCUUGACGCGGAUCCUGGACAGCUUGCGGAGUAGUGGCCUUACGCGGACGCGCUCCCUGCUACAGUUAAUCCGGAGUAAUGCCUCCUUGGAGGAGCUGCAACUGUUCGUUGAUGACCAGCUGCAAAUUGCCAAUACCCUCGGCUCUACGGUAGAGGACGAUGAGGUUCAAAUGUCAGACGAGUCCAUCUUUAAGAUCCCUCGCAGAGUCCUCAACCCCAAGCGACUGGCCGAUCAGCCCGUCUUUCGUGUACCCGCAAAACCUUGGACCAGAGUGACGGACGAUGAUGACUUUGUGUCGCAUCUCAUCUCAUUAUACUUCACGUGGCGUCAUGCCUGCUUUCCUUGCAUCGAUCGCGACCUAUUCAUACGCGAUAUGAAGGCAGCAAAGCUCAAAUCCCAGUUUUGUUCUCCUUUUUUAGUCAACGCCAUUCUGGCGGAUGCCUGUGCAUACUCCGAUUACGCAGAAGCAUACGAAGUCCCGAGUGAUCUGUCCACGAGAGGCACACAUUUUUACUACGAGGCAAAGAGAUGUUUCGAACAAGAAGACGGGCAUACCACAAUAGCCACGGUACAAGGGUUAGCGGUGUUAUCAACCUGUGCAUGCUUCAUGGGCAAAGAUCGACGGGGCUGGAUAUACCAGGGCCAGCUCGCAUUUGCCGCAAAGGAGCUCGAGCGCACACUUCCCUCGAUAUCAUAUAGCUCCCUCACGGAGAAGUCUGAAAUAGAACGGGCCAUGGGGGUUACACUGUGGGGACUGUAUACCACGACAAUUGCACAGGCGUUCGCUUACCAACGGCCGCCAUUGAUUGAGAAGCCCAGCUGUCCGUGCCCGCCGAGCACCCACAACGAUAAUGAUCCGCUAUGGCACCAUUAUCCCCAUGGAGGCGAUGGCCUUCAAGGGCAUUUCAUGUGCUAUUUCAACAGCCUGUCUGAACUGACAACCAUCGUCGACGUGUGGUGCACAUUACUCUUCGAUGGCUUUACGAAACCUUCACGCGACGAGGUUCAUAACAUGGAGGGAAAGGUCCGUACGCUCCUAGUGGAGUGGGAGAGGACACUCCAACCGUGUUUAAGGAUUGAAUCUGGGCGUGUGAUGCUUCCUCACGUGUUAUCAGCAUACGGAUGUGAAAGCCAAUGGUCGAGCCCGGAUCGGCAUCCAGAAGAGGUGGCUCUAUCGUCUGCACGACAGAUUGCCGGCUUGAUGGAGGUGCACCGAACCUUAUGGGGGAUUGAUAUUUUUCCUGCUAGCCAUAUACAGUGGAUUACGGUGUCCAUGUUCACUCUUCUUGGGGGACUCGAUGUGCCUGUAAAUCAGGAGGCGUUUACUACUCUCGCUGUAGCGGCGAAAGUGGCUUCACGGCGCUGGCCUAUUGCAAAAGGCACAUUACGAGCCAUUCAGGUCACAGCAAGAAAGAUGGGGGUCGAUUUGCCCGCGGAGACUGCUGCGCUUUUCAUAGACUUCGAAAAGGAAAUCUGGGAGCCAAAGGGUGGUAAGGGAAUCAGUAGCCUGUAUCCCAAUUUUGCAGUGUUGGCUGGAUCAUUACCAGAUGACGAGGUAGAGCUGGACAAAUUCUUAGAGAAACAGGAUGUUCUGAACACUUCGGACCGGGAUGGAGAAUGA